AUGAAAAUUCCAGCCGUCACCAGCCUCCUGGCUCUAAACGAUGUGCAAAUAGCACAAGCAUCGGAAGGUCAAUCAUCAAAUGUAGUAUCCAUGCCAAUUCAUCUUCUAUAUGGAGGUUUGAAUAAAGUCACCACGUCGGUUAUGGUGGGGAGUGGAAAUGAGAAGAUUGGUCAGAGUAUUGAGGUUGUGGUUGAUUAUGGGAGUUCGGGAUUUUGGAUAUUCGGUCCCAACGCAACCGUAAACUAUGGAUCUCAAUACCUCGGAUUUCCAGGAGCAUGCAACACCACACCACAAUUUUACUACCACUCCGACGACUCCAAGGUCUUCAAUUUCAGCGGAAGCUAUGCCUACGGAGGAAAUUCCAAAAUCCUAGACGCGGACAAAGCCGUCAACGAUACAUUGUAUUUCCCGUCCUCCCUUCCGGGUGCCUCAAUCCCCAACAUCGAAGUCGCGCUCGUGUCCUCCGGAACCGUGCGUCAAUAUGUUCCAGACGGAGAUCCAUGUCCAGAACUCUCCUACGACUACGGAAUCAUGGGUCUCGCAACUCCUGCUGGAUUCGACUCAGGACCUAACAUCAAAACCGAAUUAUUAAACCAAGGACGUAUAUCCUCCUCUAUCGUAUCCAUGUAUUUCGACUCCGCACCAGCCGAUUCCUCCAUAUCCUACAACUACACCGGGACCGUUCUCUUCGGCUCCCUACCACCUUCUUCCUCCUACACCGGAACCCCAAUCUCGAAUGCAACUACGAGUGAGAUUGUUAAACUUCCCUAUAGAUAUCUAGCACGAGAUUCAUCGAGGCCAGGUGGUGUCACGCCCGAGGGUAUGUGUAUUUUGGGUAUUUCGCUGGGAGGCGAAUUUGCAAGGAAUAAUUAUAAGAAAAAGAUCAUUAGAAAGAGAUUACAAGAAAAUAGUUAUUAA